ACUGGGAGCUUGGGCAAAGUCCUGCAGAGAGCCCAGGGUGCUUCUCGCGCCCUCUGGAAUACAGGAGACCCUGUCGUGGUGCACAGGCUAAAUUGUGGAGCCUUCCAAAGCCUUCUGUAAGUGGAGCUUCAACCCAGAAUCCUCAAGGAGCUGGGAUGUUCCCUGCCUUGGGGAGGAUGAAAACUCAGGCUGGCCGGCAGCCCCGCCUGCUAAAAGGGAGCAAGAAAUGGCUGUUGCCAGCCUUCAGUGGUUUCUUCUUCCUGCUCUCCGUGACCAUGACUGGUUGCUUCCUGUGGCAAUAUCACCUCCCCAAGCUGCGGACUGGUUCCCUAGGACCAGAGGUGACUUCCACCCCUGUAAGGAUGUGCCCCCAGCACCCUGAGUCUGUGCCUCUGGCUCACCCCCUCCCUGUGCUGAAGGAGGCCCUGGAGCAGGUGGACAGGAUCCUGCGCCAAGCCAUGUCCGCCCCAGGCCUGGCUGCCAUGUCUGCACUCGUCAUCCACAAUGACACGGUGCUCUGGACUGGAAACUUCGGGAAGAAGAAUGGCUCGGACCCGAAUUCUGGGACUCCCAAUGAGCAUACCAUGUACCGGAUCUCCAGUGUCUCCAAAAUCUUCCCAGUGCUUAUGCUGUACCGCCUGUGGGAGGAGGGUAUUGUGGCUUCCUUGGAUGACCCUCUGGAGCGCUAUGCCAGCACCUUCUCCAUCACCAACCCACUGGGCAUGGCUCCAGUCCCAGAACCACAGGGCCUUGUGGGCAGACUCCAGGAAGCGGGUCCCUCUCUGAGGCCUUCGCCUGUCACACUUCGGAGGAUGGCCAGCCAGCUCUCAGGGCUGCCCCGAAGGCUGCGCUCCACUUCGCUGCUAUGGAAGGGCACCACUCAGGAGGCCCUGAAUCUGCUCAAGGAUGACGUGCUGGUGGCAGACCCAGGAACCAGAUGCCAUUACAGCACGUUGGCCUUUUCGCUCCUGGCCCACGUCCUGGCGGCCCACACGGCCCAAGGUGACUAUCAGCGCUGGAUCUCGGAGAACGUGCUGGAGCCCCUGGGGAUGACCGACACGGGCUUCGAACUCACGGCCGCGGUGCGCGCGCGCCUGGCGGCCGGGUUCUACGGCAGCGGGCGUCCGGCGCCUUUCUACGACCUGGGUUGGUACCGCCCGUCGGGCCAGAUGUACUCGACGCCCGCCGACCUGGCCAAGCUGGCCAUGGCGCUCCUGGGCAGCGGUCCCCGGCGCCUCCUGCGACCCGACGCGGCCAAGACGCUGCUGACCCCGCUGCUGGCCUGUCCGGGUGCCUACUUCGCCAACGAGACGGGCACGCCGUGGGAGUUCCACGCGCAGCGGGGCUACCGCGUGGUGCGCAAAGACGGAGACCUGGACGGCUACGCCGCCACCUUCUCGCUGGUGCCGCCGCUGCGCCUGGCCUUCGUGCUGCUGCUGGCCGGGCCGCGGCCCCCGGGGCGCGACCUGGUGGCGCAGGUGUACGACGCGCUGCUGCCCGCCCUGGAGCGCGCGCUGCGCGAGGCCGAGCGCAGCCCCGCGCCGCCGCCCAGCGCGCGCCCCUUCGCCGGCUACUUCACCUUCGCCAACCGGACCUUCUACGAGGUGCGCGCCGGGCCGGCGGGAGAGCUGCGCCUGCGCCAGUUCGGCCCCCGCGUGGAGGCGCUCGUGCCCGCCGCCUUCCGCACGCUGGCGCUGCGGCACGUGCGCGGCCGCGUCUUCCAGCUGCACGUGGCCCGCGAGUUCCCGUGCGCGCUCCCGCUCGCCGACACCUGGCUCUCGCUGGAGGCCCAGCACGGCCAGCUGGUCAACUUCUACCCCUUGGAUCGGCACGGGUUAUCCCCCGGCUUCGACGUGCCGGGGCUCAACACGUACCGGGUGCUGCGGCUGCAGCGCAAGCCUGUGUUCAAGACCCAGUGA